CAGAUGCUGCCUGCAGAGCGAAUCGGGGCGUUCCUUGCAGAGCGGCGCUGGGCGGGCGCCGGCGGCCCGCGGGAGCGCGAACGGGGCGAGCUGCAGAGCCGGACGGCCUCGCCGGGCGGUACGCGCCGGCGCUUGCUGAGGAGGCUGGGGGGGUCCCUCCCUCGCCGCCUCCUUCGCAGCUGCGCUUGGGAAAUGAGGAGGAAGGAGAGAGGACAGCUUGCGCCCUGCAUCGUGUAAGCUGGGACCUGCCGUUUGUAAACCUGCCGUGCCUUCGGCGUGAUACGCUGCGCUGCUUCUGCUCCGCGGUUGCCUUAAACAGUUUUCCGGGAUGGUAGUGGAGAAAUAAGCCUGACACAUUUGUUUUUCGACUGUCUGCUGGAAGGACGCAUUGGCUCGGGUACUGGAAAGUGAUGAGGCACUUGUAGAAGCACCAGAAACAAGCCUGGUACAAGAGGAGGAUAAGCUGCCUUUCGGAUCAAGGAUUUGCUCCGUGCCUUGGUCUGGGUCUUAGACAGCCACUGUGGAUUCUGCGUUUUGAAGCUGCCGCACCAUGUUUUAUUUAUAAAGGAGAUGGAACUCUGCAAACCAGUUAAAUGGAUUACAGUUAAGCAGUUACCUACAGAAGAUAAUGCUGCCUUCUGUAAUGCUCCUUCGUUUGGAAGGCUUGUUUGGGAGAUUUCAGAUACAGAUUCUGACCUGGAAAAAAGAUAUGAAGCCUUCUGUGGAGUGUUUUAAAUACUUGAGCCACUGCUGGGUUUUGUUACACUUUUUCUGUGACGCUGGGAAACUUCUGUUACUUUCCUACUGAAGCACUUUCUAUUUUAGAGGCAGGGAAGCCUCGCAUCCGGGUAAAGUUGUAUUAAAACUGGUGCACUAAGUAUGAACGAUCUCAGCCACCUCCUGAGUUACGAUGUAUAUUUUGUGUCUGUGCAUCUUAUGUAAGGGCUAUUUUGCUAGAAUUAUCCAGAGUGCUAGUGUUGUUUAACGAUUCCCCUGUAUCCAUGAAAACGGAGGUAUAGUGGUGCACUUGUGCAAGUACGUUGAGGAUGGGGAAGCCGCUUAGCAGGCCGGACUGUCUGCGUCAGAACCCUCCGUGUGUUAGCAAAGGGGAAGAAGAUGAAGAUCUAAAUAUUGAAGACUGCUACGUUCCCCAGAGGUCCAUCUAUGACACUGUACGGCUGAAUGAACAGAUCGAUUCGGGCUCCAAGGGCAGCCUCUCCUCGAGGCAUUUCACAGACCGGACCUUACCCUACAGUCAUAGAACACUGGACAUCAGCACUUUGUGCUCUAAUGGUGCACUUACUUCUUCCAGUGUUUUUGAGCUCCGAAGCCGUGAAGCUAGCAGGUUAGAUGAAAAAAUGAUCUUUGAUGCUCUCAAACUUAACAGCGAUAUAAUUCGGACAGCUGGAUUGCCCAAAGCCAAGUCUCACACAGAAAAGAAGGAGCACAGGCGAUCGUGGAGAAUGUUUGUGCCACCCAACUUUUCAGAUUACACGAAUAAAAGUGAAUGCUCCUUUAAUGAAACUGCUGAUCUGUCAGAUACAGCCAGGUCCAGCAAGUGGGGCACCAGUUCUCUUACCUCAGAAGAGGAUGAUUCUGGUUUAUGCAGCCCUCCAGCAGAAAGGGAAGAAAAACAAGAUACACUGUUAGCAGGGGAGCAAGCUCAAGUACAAAGCUUAUCUUCUGCAGAGGAUAUCCAAGCAGUAGGUCAGUUAAGACCGUAUUUCCCAGCAAUUUGCAGAGAGCAGCAAACCCCACUACUUGCAAGCAGGAGUCUCCCUGUCAAUGAAAGCUGCAGAUUGGCAUUGCAUGACACUUUGCCCGCUGGAAAAGUAAAACAAAGCCAUGCACAGACAGGUGAGAGUGAUCAGGAAGAGAUGGGAGGGAAAUACUCUCACUUACAAAGCUUCAAAGAGGGAACACUGUCACACAAAGGUCCUCUUCAAGGUGACGGAAGAAGUAUUUCCCUGAACAAAACUUAUGUGGAAAAUGCAUAUGAAGUUAAUGAAAAAGUUAAAACACAAGUCACAACAGUGGAGGUGGAUAACGUGGAUGAGGCAUCUUCUCAUGUAGAUGUUUAUUUUGCAAACAUUGCUGUAAAUACCAGUGACUUGGAUAUAGCAAAGAAUGAGACUUCGUCUGAGACAGAGGAAUCCAGUAUAGCACAUACAGGCUCAAAUGGGCUAGAAUUUUCUGUUCAACAGCUUGAACUAGAUAGUACAUUAAACUGUCCAAAAGCUUUACCAGUGAGAAGCAACCACAGUCUCUGGACUACUGGCAUCCAAGAAACCUUAGAUACAGUCUGCAAUGGGUUACUGUCUAACAAGGUAAUUAAAAAGACAACCACAAAAUCCAUAGGUUUGUGAAGUAGUUGUAAUGCAGCCUUAAACUUACUUGUUAAAGGCUUUUCUUUAAGUUUGUUUGGUUUGCAAAAAUGUUCUUUUAAAAAGUAAUCUGGCAAAUGCAAUAAUUAAUUGGUGUCUUUUGUAUGGCACACAUAGGAUAUCUCAA